AUGAGUUUCGUUCAAGAACGAGUUCGAGAAAUACAGGAAGACUUAGAUAAUCUCUUUCAGUCUUUGGAGUCUAAAUUUGUUAAUGAAAAUGUUUUCAUUCGUCUUCGGCGUUCAAGUAUCUCCGAGGUAGAUUCUGCAAGAGCUCAAGCCUCUUCCACUUAUAACGUUAAUUCAGAUAUUUUAACUGAACGCGCAGAAGUUUUAAGAAAAGCAAUUAACUCUAUCCAACUUGAUAAUGGUAACAUUCCAAAGAUGAAUUUAAUUCUGAAUCAAUUGGAUAUGGUGGAAAAAAGCCUUCAUGGAAAUUGUAAGAGUGCUACGAGUGAAGUGCCACCCUUAUGGGAAAAUGAGGAAAACGAGGAAUUAGAAAGAGGAAUUUCCUAUUUAGAAUGUUUGUUUCUUUCAAAAGUGACCAUAUCUAUAUACGGAAAGAUGUUGGAAAGUUUUUUGGUAUCAACUCUUCCAUUAUUGGAUGAUAUUUAUUAUUGGAGAGAGCUGGAAGAAAACAAACUUUGGAGCUGGAUUCAUCUCUUUCAAAGAACUAUAUUCAACACAAUUCGUAGACAAUAUCAAAAUGUUCCACCAGAUAAUUCUCUAUCUGUGAGGCAAUUAUUCUCCUUAGAUGGUAUGAUCAACCUUUUCCCUAGAUAUAUGCAUACGCGUUUUUUGAUUGUUCCAUCCCAUUCUGUUUCAUCUUUGGUCCGAUACGAAAUCCGUUAUAAGAAAUUGGUCCUUGCCUCUCUCAUGGAGUAUCAAGCAGCAUGUAUCGGAUUAUUAAUAAACGAAGGGUUGGAUUUCAAAAAAGUAACAAAGGAGAUAGACGAGAUGACCAACGAAGGACAUAUGGAUGUUAACUUUGGUGAUGUUAUUGCAAAACAAUUAACUAAUUGUGUUGUGUGUAUUGAGAGAAUUUUAAAUCAAGCUACAGGAAUCGAUAUUGAAAAAGGGGAUAUGCCAAACGUCAAUAACCUUUUUGAAAAUAUGAAUGUUCCGGAUUCACCGUCAUCUUUGUUGGCCCUUUAUACCCAUUUGCGCUCCAUUAUUACCACACACCUUCCUCAUUAUGAUGAACAUUCUAAUCGGAUCAUUUCGAUUUAUGGUCGCCCAUCACCUUUGACUCGAUGGUGGUUACCUAUUACCAUUUCUACUGUUGUAGCUUGUAAAACUAGAGAUCAUUUCUUUAAGGAAGGAUUUAUACAAUGGCUUGAUGAAGCUAAAUCUACGAUAGUUAACUUUUGGAGUGAUUGGAUUUGGGAACCUAUUGUAAGAAUGAUGGAGACAAUCCGUCACAGAGAGAGAAGAUUGGUACUCAUGGGAAAAGAUAGUUUAAAUUCUGAUUUAGAGUCUCUCGAACGAAUGGUAUUAGACUUUGAACUUGGUCGACGUAUACUUAAUGAUGAGGAAAUGAUUAAUUUAUCUAACCGAGUUCGCGAUGGAGAUUUAUCAAUGAUAUUAAAAGCAUAUGAACAGCAAUUGAAGAAUCCAUUUAAAUCAAUCGUUACAGGUGCUCUUAUUAGAACGUUGUCGAUUCAGGUGCAAAAGACAAAGGUGGAUCUAGAAAUCGCAAUGGCUGCGUUAGAUAAGUUAUUAAAAUCCAACGAGUUAAAUUUUGCAUUCUUGGCUGUCGGACCAAGUUUGUUUGUUGUCUAUCUAUUUUCUACUUGGGUAAAAAACAUUUUGUGGAGUAAAGAUACGUGGUCGAGUAGAAUCAAAGGUGCAAAUGUUAAAAUGAGAGAAUCCUUACUAACCGUAGAACGACUGCUUGUACAAAAUUAUCGUUCCAAUUCGACAAACCUUCCAUUUGCAACACAAGGUUUCGUAAUUUGUCAUGUACAUCAUCUUCGAACUUACGCGAUGUAUUUGCCUUCUAGGAAUAAUGUACGUCAAAGCGUUUUAGAUGAUCUUCGAGAGUUAGAUGAUCCAAGAUUAACAAUUCGACAAAAAAUUUGGACAUGUGGACGAAUCUGGCGUUGUUGGGAUUUUUUAAAGUGA